AUGCGACUACACGAAAUGCCAUCGUCUCUCUCAACCCUCCUUGUCACCAUCCUCCUCGCUCGACCCACCUCCGCAGCCUUCUUUCCAGAGUUACUACAGAGUUUUGAGAAUCUCCAGAAUGUCCAAAAGAGAUGUCAGAACCCAUGCGGAUACUGGGGACAGUUAUGCUGCGAAACCGAUGAAGUGUGUUACACUGAUGCCAACGAUCAAGCCCAAUGCGGCGCCGGCACCGUAGCGACCACGGCCGCUGCGGGUGGGCAAUGGGAAUACUACACCACAACAUACGUCCAAACAGAUCUCAAGACCGUCACGGCGACAUUCAGUUCAUACCUCCCGACUAGUACGAAGAGUUGCUCGUAUUCUCUUGGUGAAAGUGGUUGCGGCAAUGUCUGCUGUUUGUCCGGGCAAUAUUGCCAAUCGUCUGGGGUUUGUGUAGCAGUCGGAGGAGGGAGCUCGGGAUAUUAUAGCAGCUUCUAUACCGUGACCACAGUCAUAACGAACACCGCCAGCGCACCUCUUCGACCUACGAGCAAUUCCCUCGUCACCGUCACCUCUGUCGCCAGUGCCACCACUACUCAGCCAUUUGUCACUCCAGUUGGAACUGGCGGAAGCAUCAUUACCGGCACGACUGCGAGUUCGAGUGGUGGCCUCAGCGGAGGAGCCAUCGCUGGGAUCGUCAUCGGCGUCAUUGCAGGCAUCCUACUCCUCCUCUUGCUUUGCGCCUGUUUGUGCUUCAAAGGUCUGAUCGACGGACUUUUGGCCAUAUUCGGACUCGGCCCACGACGAAGACGGCGGACAACAGAAGAGGAAGUCUAUGUUCAGAGGCAUCGUCGAAACGGCGGAGGAGGGCGAACGUGGUUUGGGCAAAGACCAGCGAGAUCUGAAGUGGUGGAAGAGAAGAGGAAAACGGGCGGCAUCGGCACAGCAGGCUGGGUGGCUGCGGCUCUAGGUGGCCUGGCUUUAUUCCUGGGUUUGAAGAGACGCCGGGAUCGACGGGAAGAGCAGAGCAAUUCUGGUUAUGGCAGCUCCUACUACUACUCGGAUUAUGACAUCUCAAGUGAGUCGUGA